UAUGCUCUCUCCAGAAAAGGAUUUCAUUCUCUAUAAUGCUUAAAGACCUCCUAAUAUGUAAGUUCCUAGUUUCAUGACUACAGCUUCAUCCUUUAGAAAUCAAAAGUUAUCCAGCUUAAGGAAUAAAAGUUGUGCAACAGCAGUCUAAGAUGCAGUAUAUUCAAUUUAUAAAUAGAAGAAACAAAUAUCGACUAUUGAUUAUUAAAUUUGUGAUAAGAGUGAACCUAUCAAUCUUAAGAAUGCCUGUUAUCCAAAAUUCAAAUCAGAACAGAGUGAAAUUUCUCAUAUUGCUAAAUCAUAAAUUAGUACAAUGAUAACAGCACCAAAAAUAAUCUAAUUUAUAGAUUUCUGUAAUAAAAAAAUCUUAGAUGAUGAAUUAAAAAAAAGGAAACUUAGUUAGGAUUAAACUCAUAAAGACUUUAAGUUAAAGAUUAAUAAUUUUCAUGAAAAUAAGAAGUCUAUAAGACAUAUAUAAAAGCAUACAAGAAGCAAUUUUACACUUCCAUAAAUGCAUUAUCAUGAAAAAUAUGAAACUCAAGGCAUCUAAGAUAAAAUAAAUCAAAAUAAAAUAGAUACAACAUCAUUUAAUGAUUCUCCAGUUCCUAAAUUAAUUAAUAAAUAACCAAACUUUUAAGCUUAUACAACUAAAUAACCAAUUAGAAGUUUUGAUAUGCUAUUCAAUGUUAAACAUUUAGUAAGAUUAUAAGAAAAAAGAUAAAAAGAAUUUGAGGUAACUCAAUAAAAUGAUCCAGAAUUUUAAUUAGAAAUGAUAAAGAGAUAAAAUUAAAUUUAAGUUUUGAUGUCUAAUACAAAGAAAUUAGAAUAACUUAAAACUGCUUCAAAAGGAGUAAUUUAUUUUAUUUUAAUUAUUUAGAUAUUAUCACAUAUUAAUGAAUAAGAUCAGUAAGCUGAAUAAAUAUUUCAAGAUUUCAAAUAGAAAUUGGAUUUAAAAUGA